AUGGAUAGUCAUCUGACAAUCAGUAUCGAAGUAUCUUCGAGUGUCGCUACUGGUUGAUUAAUAAAUGGUGGCAUGAUAAUGUGUAAUGUCGGAUUUAACCGAUCUUACGUGUGUCACUUAUAAAAAUCUUUAAUAAUGUUGCAUUAAUAUUAAUUAACGACGAUAUGUAAAAAAAAUGAACUGUUUUCAAACAAUAUUACUAUUUUGAUGUUUUAAUAUAAAAGUUUUUUGAACAUAUAAAUUGACUGUCUAUGUGACGUUGACUUUGACGUUUACAAGUGUUAUCUGUUAGUUACGUGUUAGUGUUUAGGUUAAUACAUCAUGUUUGCGAGUUUGAAGAAUAAAAUACGUGAAGAAAUUGGUAGCGACGUAUCAACUGUAGUUCGAAACGCUGCAAAUAUUCGCAGUAUAAGUUCUAGACAUAUUUCACAGACAGGAUCUACUAGUAGUAUUAGCGAGUCUCAAACUUCAUUGGAUGGAUCCCGUGAAGAACAUGUGGCUUCUUCUUCAUCACCAAUUUCAAUGAAACAAGAAAAUAAUUUUGCUCUAAAACUUAAUGAUAGUAUACAAUUAAAAGAUAUUAAAAAUCUUGAAAAUCAUGAGGAAGAAUGGCAAAAAUUGAUAACCAAGAAGGAAAUGGAGUUACAAAAGAAAAUAGAUAAAAUUAAUGAAGAAUGGAAGAUUAAGUUUUCAGAAAAAGAAAAAGAAUGGAAGAAAGUAAUAGAGAAGCAAGAAAAAGAAAAAAUCAAAUUAGAAACAGAAUUACAAACUACAGAAAGUUCAAAGAGAUCAUUAGAAUUGGCACUUAAAGAUGCAGAAGAAUAUAAAAAAAAAUUAUAUAACUUUCAAGAAGAUGCAGAACAAUUAGAAAGUUUUCAAACACAAGAAAUGGCUAAGAUCAAACAUCUUCUUCUAUCAAAAGAACAAGAAGUGGAAGAAAAAUCACAGCAUUUAAAAGUUGCCUUAGCAGAAAUUGAAAGCCUAAAAUCUGAAGUUUCCCGUCUUAGACGAUAUGAAGAUGAAUUAAAUAAUGUACAGGAUGAAAUGGAAACACUGCGCCAUUCAACGCAACGCGAAAGAGCUCAGUUAUCAUGUCAACUAGCACAAACAGAAGAAGAAGUCCGUCAUCUGAAGGAUAAAGUUUUUGUAUUAGAACAAAGAGGUGCUUCGGAUACAAAUGAUCAAAUGACAAACGAUGAACGAGUAGCUGAUCUUAUGAGAGAACGAACUCUUUUAGAAAGAAAGUUAGAGGAAGCUCACCUUCACCUUUCUGAUAUAAAAACUAGUUGGUCUGGAAAAAUUUCAAGUCUGGAAACACAAGUUGGAAGGCUCAGUAGACAAGCAGGAGAAGAAGGACUAGAGAGAAGACGUGUAGAAGAAGAGAAAGAAAAAUUGAAGCAGAGGAUUAAACAACUAGAAGCUGAAAUAGAGGUGAACAAUGUUGUUAUGGCGACGAAAGACGCCAAGCUUUUGCGCAUGGCCGAGGACAUCGACGAAAUGGCCACGGAACUAAAAGAGCUCCGUGCCAGCGUCGAUGACGAGGUUGAAGAAUUUAAGCGGCAAAUCGAAACAUCCUCAAAUGAAACCAGUCAAUUGAAAUCAGAAUUAGAAGAGACUAUGGCAAAGCUUUUAGCUGCUACAUCAGAAUUAACAUAUUUACGAUCAUCUAACGAAGAUGUACGAUCAAACAAUUCUUCUUUGCAUUUAGAAAUAAACCAGUUAAAGGAAAGUCUAGAGAUAGAGAAAACAACAACUGUAAAAUUGCAAGAAUGCAUAGAAAAAGAAAGAAAUGAAAAAGAUACUGCAUUGUUAAGGAGUGCUCAAUUUUCCCAAGAUAUUGAAAUUAUUAAACAAGAACAACGAUUACAAGAAGUUGAAAAUCAUGAAUUACAAAAUAAAAUAGAAAAUUUAGAAAGUAGUUUCAAAGCCCAAAAUGAAGAAUUAGAAAAGGUUAUUGCAAUAUUGAAAAAAUCUAAACAAAGAAUCACAGAAUUAGAAGAGAUAGAACGUAAUAAGGAGAAGAUGGAAGGAAAUGAAAAAAUGCUGAAGAGUAACUUGUUGGAUUUAGAAGAGCAAUUAAACGAAAAAACAAAGACAAUCAAAGUCUUACAACAACGGUUAACAGAUAUGAAGAAAACUCUACAACGGGAAUUAAGAGUUCCUUCCGCAUCAUUGGAUAAUGAUGCUGAACCGUCCACUGCUAUUUUAAAUCCAAGUUCAUCUAAGACAGUCACUGCCAAACAUGCCAACUUAAAAGAUGAUGUUAACUUUAAAUAUUUAAAACAUGUUCUCAUUAAAUUUCUUACUAGUAGAGAAUAUGAGGCUCUUCAUUUAACAAAGGCAGUUGCUACGUUACUACAUUUUUCACCAGAAGAAGAACGUUUACUUCAGCAAACAUUGGAAUGGAAAAUGUCAUGGUUUGGUACUCGACCUAAUUUGGGUUUUGGACAAACUGCCAAAGCUAUACCACCCAGCUGAUAGCAAUCAACAUUCCACUUUUAUAUUAUUUAAAAAUAUAUGGUCUAACUCUAAAUAAACACCAAGGAUUAUUUGAGAAAUGAUUUCAGAAUUAAAUAAAUCUGAAAAAUGAAUAUGAAUCCAGAAAAUAUAGUAGUUGUAUAAACUUUGUAAUAUAUUCGCAGUUUAUAAUGUAUCUACAAAUUGUUUGCAAAAACAUAGUGUACAAAUGAAUAAAGUAGUUAGGGAUUAUAUACUAUAAACCCUAAUGUAAAAUAUUAA